AUGAGCCACAACAAAUCCCGAAAAAACUACCUGGGUCCGGUGGGCUUUACUUCCAUAUGGGAAGCAGUGAAGGCAGGUAAUGCCGAGCGCGUGAAGAUGCACCUGAGUGGGCGCAACUCCAUCAACCUCAACGGCGUGCAAAACGGUUGUACGCCGCUGUACCUGGCGGCGCAGAACAACAAGCCAGCGAUGAUCCGUCUGCUGGCCAAGGAGAGCGUCAAUCCCAACAUCCACUGCCAGGGCUACUCGCCUCUUGGGAUUGCAGCCAUGAACGGUAGGGCCCAAGCUCUCCGGUUUGGCUUUACCGAAUGCGUGAAGGAGCUGCUGGAGUUGCGAGCCAAUCCGAACUCGACCGACUUGCCUCUGCAUGCGGCAGCCUACAGCGGCUUUGCCUCGGUGGCCGAGGUCCUGCUUCAGAAUGGCGCCUCGCUCGACAAAAAGGACGACGAAGGCCGGACACCUUUGAUGCUCGCAUUGAUCCACGGACACGAAAAGGUGGCAGAGCUCAUAUUGCAGAAGGGCCUCAAACAGGGGAUGCCCAGUGUCAAUGAUAAGACGAAUCUCCCGCCGACGAGUGUCUACAAUACUCAGGACUAUGCCUACUCCAACCCCAACUGCGGGCGUGCGGCUCUGCACUUUGCCGCAGAAUUCGAAGGCGGGCGUCACUUGGUGGAGCUCCUCCUCUCGCCCUCGCUCGCCGUCGAUGUGAACGUGACCGAUCGCUUUGGCCGCACUCCGUUGCACCUGGCGCUGGCAACGAAUCACGGGACGGAGAUCGCCAAGCGCCUCUUGAAGGAGCCGGCCAUUGAUGUGACUCUCACCGACGAGAAGAUGCGCUUGCCUCUACAUAUUGCGUGCACCAAGGGAGGGCACGAGGUCGUGUCUGCGUUGGUCGACUUGGCGCCACAUCUGAUCAACGCCAAGGACGAACAUGGAGCGACUCCUCUUCAUCGUGCCAUCAAUAACGGGCACGACAACAUCGCGUUGCAUUUGAUCAAGCGCAAUGCGGACAUCAAGGCUCGCAACGUCCGCGACCAGACGCCGUUCGACGGCCUGCCCAAGGGCGACCGACUGCAGAUGCUCGAGGAGUGCUACCAGUCCUUCCAGGAGGGGCUGCUCAACACGCUCAACGACGAGAAGCUGAGCGACGUCGCCAUCCACCUCGAGGGCGGCUCGCGGGUCAUCCUAUGCUCCAGGCUGGUUCUGUUCGCCCGCUCUGCCUACUGGCGCAAAGUGCUGCUCGAGAAGGAAGCAGAGGCAGAGGCGGCUGCAGCCGCCGCCAACACCAGCGAAGGCGGCCGCCUGGAGAUCGUGGUCAAUGAGGGCCGCUACGAGGUGUUCCACGCCAUGCUCUACUACCUCUACACGGACAACAUCCAAUUCCCGCAGCUGGCCGCGCUGGCCGCCGCCCCGCACCCGGGCCUCAAGCCCGCCGACGCGGAGGCCAGGCGCGCGCAGGAACGAAACAACUUCCUCUCCGACGUGUUGGUCAUGGCCGAGCGCUACGGCGAGACCAGGCUGCACGAGCUCUGCAGCCAGGCCAUCGACUCGGACACACUCAGGUCGCUCGAGCGAAGGCGGAAGCGUGUCGAUGCUGCGCGGCGGCUGCUUGUGAGCCACUUCUCUUCGGACAUGAAGAAGAUGCUCAACAACAAGCGAUACAGCGAUGUCAUCUUCUCCAUAGAGGGCAAGAUCGUCUACGCCCACAAAGUCAUCCUCUGUUCCAGGAACGAGUUCUUCAAGGCCAUGCUGCUGGGUCCGUGGGCGAAGGAGAAGUGUACAGAAGAGGACCCCAUCCUCAUCACCGACACACCUUACCACAUUUUCUACUCGGUGGUCGAGUUCAGCUACACGGGCGACUGUCCCCAGAUCGAGCCCGACACGGUGGUGGACCUCUACCAGGCCUCGCAUCAGUACAUGCUCCUCGAACUCCGAAAACGGUGCGAGAACAUCAUCGAGGAGGCAGUGGGUGUUGACAACGCCGUGCCCAUCUACGAGCUGGGGCACAUCUACGAGGACGUCAAGAUGAAAGAGAAGGCGCUGGCCUUCAUCACACAGGACGCUGACACGUUCCAGUUGAUCAGUGCCAACUCGGCCUUUAGCGACCUGCCCGAGCACUUGCUGGUGGAUAUCUACCGGGAAUUGCUGGUGCGAAUCGGAGGCUUCAGCGCAAGCACGACAGACGCUCUCGUCACGCAAGAGAACAACAUACCGGGCAUGGUCGUCGCCGUCCGGUGGCUUCUGCAAAACGGUGCCAACCCGAACCAAAAGGGGCGAAGAGGCUACCCGCUGCACAUCGCAACGCGGGGAGGGGACAUCAGCACCGUCCGCGCGCUGCUGGACCAGCCGGGCUUGUUGGUCAACAUCGCCGACCCGGCCACUGGCGAGACGGCCCUGCACAUAGCUUGCGGUGCGGGGCAUGAGAACAUCGCCUUCCUCCUCAUCGAGCGAAACGGUGAUGUCAACGCCCACGACAAGCGGCGCCGUACGCCGCUUGAACUCAUCGCGGAGACCAACCACACCUUCGCCACCGAUUUCAAGGAGCACCGCGAGCUCUCCAAGAUCAAGUUUGGCCAGGCGCUCAACGACCCCGCCUUCUCCGACAUCGUCAUCACCAACGGCGAUGCCCGAUACUACUGCCAUCAGGCCAUCGAGGAUUCAAGCCGAUCAGAGGACAUCACACUGGCAGGAGGUCAUGUACCGGUGGUGGAGAUCGAGGGAGUGCAGGAACAGACCAUCGCCGCCUUCCUUCGCUACGUCUACACCGACGAAGUCGAAAUCGAUCUCGACAACGUGUACGAGAUGAUGGGUCUGUCGAUGAUGUACCCCGUCACGGGCCUCCUCGCGCUCUGCGAAAGGGCCAACGAUCCCACGACUGCGCCGCCGCCGGAGGCGUCGACCAUGGCCGUCGAUUUCGUGUCGCUGUUCAACCAGGAGAAGUUCGCCGACGUGCGGUUCAUUUUCGAUCCACCAACCUUCGUCGAUACCGGCGGAGGCGACGACCCAGAUGGUGACUUGGACGAGGAGUGGAAGCAGCACAUGCCCUCGUUCACGCCGGCAGAGCUGCGGGAGGAGCCGAAGAUCGACGACGACCACGACGGAGAGGACGAAGUGGUGGUCAUCCACGCGCACCGUGCCAUCAUCGCCACCCGGUCGCCGCUCCUGCUGACCCACUUCCCGGAGCUAAAGUCGGAAACGACGCAAAGAACGAAGGACGGAAAGAACGAAGCGGUGGUCGAGAUCGACAUGCGGAGAUGGACCAUGCCUCAGCAGCGUGGCAAGUCCGUGGUGGGAAAGAACGAAGCUUCGACGAAGAACGGAAAAAGCGAUGGCGGCAGUAGCAGCGACGAGCAGCACAACUACUACGCUUCGUUCUUCGUCUUCCUCCGGUUCCUCUACUCGGGCGUGAUGAGCCUCCCCGCCACCGUCGCCGCCGGUGAUCGCUCGCCCGACGCAGCGACGACGGUGCGAUCAAACGACGAAGAGGCCGAGCUGUACCGCGAGAUCCUCGGGCUGGGCGAGCUGUUGGGCGUCAAGGCGCUCGUGCGGCAGGUGCAGCCCAAGGUUGACGAGGAAGAGCGAAGGCGCAAGAAGGCCCACCUCCUCACCUCUGCCUUCUAA